AUGGCUAUUUCAGACUACUUGAAGGGAUUUCGUGAACCCAUGUGGACAACAAUUGAGGUUGAUAAAUUCUGGCGAGUUUUGCAUCCAUACCUGGAUCAAUUACUAAACGGCGCAAUGCCUCUACCAGAUUCCGACAUUGAUUUUACGUCCCUGGACCCGGGAAACGAAAAGCACAAGCAACGCUGUAUCCAAAUCAUUCACCAAUCGAUGUGGAAAGGAAAAUACUCUCUCUCAGUUGCUAAUAUAAAAGCAAUCAAAACUUUCUUUCAAGACAGCGCCGUACGUGCCAACAAUAGCCACAUUAGUGUUUCUGAUCUACUACGCGAAUUGAAGAAAGCAUUUGAAUACAGACCCAUGACUUACAGGUAAGCUUCUCGUACUAGUAAGUGAGUUGACUGUAAAUUCUGCGUAUCAGCGACUAAAAUCAAUACUUCUGCUAUUUCGAGCGAAAAUCUUUGUUUUGAAAGAGCGUUACUAAUUGACAUAAGAAAGGUGAUAACAUUAGACGAUUUUUUUGUUGUGAGAUUGGUUCACCAUUGGCUCUGAUAAUAUAUCUGGUACGCCGAAAUUACGUAAACAGAAGUUAUCAGUAGGCAGGAAAUGAGUUGUGCUAAGGUGAAAGUAACUCCAAAAGUUAGCAUCUCUUAAUAACCUAAGCUGAUAAAAUUAUUCUGGAAGAAAUAUUGGCUGAUGAGACAGUUAGGGUAACGACAAUUGCUAUCGUGUGGAUUAUUUGCAAUUUUUUCACAACAAAGAUUCUAGUUUCACAAUAAGAAUAGAGCCGCGCAUGAAAUUCAGGAAUAUAGGUAACUUUUCCUUCUUUCCAACGACCGUUAGCGUUCUUAUUUGCACAAAAACGUGAAAACGAUGAAAGGCUUUCAAUCGCUUCCCUUGCAAGGUAGUACUGCAGUUAUUUUAACCUUUCUACACCGAUUUAAAAUUAAUUUCCCUUUAAUCAUUAAAUGAUCUUUUACUUUCCCAAUAAAUCUGCACCAUUUUCGCCUCGCUUUAUCAGUCAUUUAUCCUCGUUUAUGUAAACUCACGUUUAACUACUUUUCUCCCAUUUAGUGCCGAUGGUACUCACAAGUACGUCGCGUGAUGAUUUACCCUCACAGGAGUUUCACGCCAUAAGUUAUUUUUUUAAGAACGACAACAAAGAAUGUUUAUAGCCGAAAGUGAAUGUAAAUAAUUCAACACAAUUUGUCUCAGCCUUCCCAAAUUAUUGCAGAAACGAAAAACGUGACAUUGAUAAGUUGCCUUCUAAUCAGACGCAGCCAGAGGGUUUGAAGAUUCGAGAAUUAAUUGAAUGUCUUAAAUUUUCCGAUCAGAUAAGCGGUAUUGUCGUAUCACAAUAAGGGUGUUAAUUAUCUCCUCCUUCAUGAAUUUCCGGUCUAUGUUUUAGAGACACAAGUGGACAAAACAAAAAAAGGGACAAAACAAAAAAAGGGACAAAACAAAAAAAGGGACAAAACAAAAAAAGGGACAAAACAAAAAAAGGGACAAAACAAAAAAACUUACUCCUUCCCAAGCGAUGCCCGAAUAAUAAAUAGAUUUAAAUGCUCUCGCCGGAUAUUCAAAUUAAUGAAAUGACCCGGAAUAGACAAUGGCUGGUUUAAUGCAUUGUUUAUGAUAAUUCGCUCUGACGUAGGGCUAACGCUCGAAACGUCAGCUUUGAAAUUGUUAUGAAUCAGUGCUUUUCCUUUUAUUGUACAAAUGUAAUGAAAACACAAUUUUAGUCGAUGUAGUAAAUUACCAAAGUAAUGGAUUGUCAUACUAAUUUUAGUUUAUCAUUUGAAAAAAAAAGAAAUGUAAAAUAUUCGAACUGACGCAAUAAUUUGGAAAAGACGGUUUUUAAAAUUGGAUUAAAAAAUAUAUUUAAAUUGUUAAAUUGUUUAUGUUUUUACUUUUGCGACUUGUCUCGAGUGAGAUCAAAACAUGGUUUAAUUCAACACUGAGUUAAAAAGUUCAGCUUGAGACAGGAACCAUUGUAGACUGUUCCAAAGGUAAUCCUCUCCCAUUUACACACUCACGGAAAAUCGUGAAACUAAGUGAAUGCAUCUGCUACACGUCUCAAAUCUUCUCGCCCAGUCGUCCUCUCUUGGUAAACAAAGUGCAUGAGUGAACCUUAAAGAAACUGGUUAAUUGUUUAGACAAAAACAGUGGUUAUAGCGUGUAGAUGACAAUUUGUUUCAAGAGUGAUGUUUGAGUCAGGUUAGCCCUCGGGCAUUUUGGCGCUCUCUUUUGGUGCGAAUCUUUACUAGUGUGAAAUGAUAACUGCAAGCGCUGCAGGCUAACAGAUGAUAAAAGUUUUUGGUCCAUCCAUAUUAAUAUCCCUAAAGUAAGUCGACACGGCAUAGUGACACUCGGAAGUCACGGUCGGCGGCUCUCGUGAAGCCGAACUCUUCCGAACUAGUGCAAACGUGAUCUUUGACUGUUUUGACUUCAGGGGAAGAGAUGUUAUUUCCCAAAUUGCAAAGUUAAAUAACGGAAAAGUAAUAAUUUUAUUAUACACAGGGAAAGAGGCGAAAUAAUUUGCUUGAACAACAAUUCUUGUAGCGUGAACUGAAAUCAAAUCAACAAAGUCCGGGUGACACGCGAGAAAUUCUGUUCACCUUAUUUUUCUAUCCGAGGAUCAGCAUAUUUUACCGCGAACAAAAGCGUAGAAUUAUGACCAAUCACAAGAGAGAAUUCUUUACUAUAGAGUAAACAAAUAAUUCAUUUGGAAAACACUGCAGGUCCGACAGCCUAAAACGAUAAGCUCGCUGUAAAAACCGGGAAAUAUUGCAAUUUUGUAACUUUUAGAUCUGCAAUCUCGUAUUAACCAAACGAAGAAAAAAUGGCGAUUUAUGAUUGUCUCAAACGACAGCAAGAUCCAAUUUGGACUCACUGCGAGGUGGAAAAAUUCUGGGAUGUUUUGCGGCCGUACCUAGCUCAUCUCCUUACCGGUGAAAUGCCACUUCCAGAUUACAGCAUCGACUUCACAUCUCUGAGCUCAAAUAGCGAAAGAGACAAGCAAUUCUGCAUGGACGUAGUGCACGGCUCUUUAUGGAGAGGAAAGUACUCGCUUGCAGUAGCAAAUUUGAAAGCCUUGAAGGCCUUCUUUGAUUGCAGAAACAAAAGCUGCGAAUGUAACAUUGCAGAUCAGCUGCGUUUGCUGGAAGACGUUUUCAAACGCAGGCCUUUGGAAAGGUACGUUUAA